UACCUAAGAAUUUUAUUCAGACGGUGAAAAGGCUAAUUCUAUUGGCGCACUGAUCUAACGUGUAUCUCAUUCCUUAUUGAGGCAGACUCAGCUCACAGAGCCAUUUGAUGAGAUCGGUCUCUCCAGCAAGACAUAAUUAUUGACCUUUCGUGGUCAGGGCCUUCGUGUGGAGUAUCAGAUCCCGGCACCAGCUGCCCAAACGUGACUGUUAGUCCCGACUCCAUGAUAUUCCACCAGACGGAUUAAUCAAGCACUUCGGUGAAGGAUCACCUGUUCCCAGGAUCACCCUCGGUGAGCAGAAGGUAUCACGCCCCACACACGAACGCCCGUGCCUGUUUAGUUCUCCAGGGUUUAAGGAUGGAGAAGCAGCUCGUACUAAUCGUUUUCCUGGUCUCGGUUCUCGGAGCGGGGUCCGUCGGGCUGUUCCGCUACCAUCGGGCGAUCCUGCCGGGGAAGGGCGGCCAGGAUACGUACGCCGAGCUGAAGGGAGACCUGACCAUAGGCGGACUGUUCCCCGUGCACAACAAGGGGCACGGAGGCAAGCCUUGUGGAAAACUUAACUCCGACCGUGGGAUUCAAAGGAUGGAAGCGAUGCUCUACGCCAUUAAGGAAAUUAACAGUAAUACGUCUCUGCUACCCGGUAUCAAGUUGGGGGCACACAUACUCGACACGUGCGCCAGAGACACCUACGCACUGGAACAGUCCCUGGAGUUUGUCAGGAACUCACUCACUAACAUCGAUAUCUACAACGGGUACUACUGUGACGACGGGUCCCAGGCGAAGAUCACCAACCUGCCGGCGGCCGUGACAGCUGUGGUCGGCGCCUCCGACAGCAGCGUGUCCGGGCAGGUCGCCAACCUCCUCCGGCUCUUCAGGAUACCACAGGUGAGUUACGCCUCCACAAGUGCCAAGCUCAGUGACAAGACUCGCUUUGACUACUUCGCCAGGACGGUUCCGCCGGACACGUUCCAGGCUAAGGCCAUGGUGGAGAUCAUCCAGAUCUUCAACUGGACCUACGUGUCCACCGUGGCGUCUGAAGGAGACUAUGGUGAGAUGGGGAUCGACAUGUUCAAGAAAGAGGCACUGGCUCGAAAUAUCUGCAUCGCCGCGGAGGAAACCAUUCCGAACAGUGCCAACGACGGCACGUUUGACCUGAUCGUGGAGAGGCUCCGGGAAAAAUCAAACGCUAAGGUUGUCGUGUUGUUCAUCAAGGGAUCCGACGUGCCGAAGUUGCUGUCGGCUGCCAAGAACCUGACAGACCCGUUCGUUUGGAUCGCGAGUGACGGAUGGGGGGACCAGGAGGCUGCGGUCAAAAACGUUAAAGAUGUGGCGGAAGGCGCCAUAACUAUUGAGCUCAGUUCGAAACCAAUAAGGGCGUUCAACAAAUACUUCAAAAACUUGACUCCGGAUCUGAAAGCCAGAAACCCCUGGUUUAACGAGUAUUGGGAAGACAAAUUUCUCUGUCGUCUUCCGUACACAAAAAGAGAAAACAGUUCGUUCCCGGUGUGUGAUAUAGGGCUAACGAAUAAGAAGUUUGAGCCAGAGAGCAAGAUCCAGUUUGUGGUAGAUGCAGUUUACGCUAUAGCCUACGCACUAGACAAAAUGCGGAAGGAAGUCUGCGGAACUCCGUCCGGUAUGUGUGACGGUUUGAGAAACUUGGACGGAGCAAGUCUAUACAAGGCCAUUCUCAACGUUACGUUCCAGGGUGAGUACAACGGGGAUGUUCCCUCUGACGUAGCGAGCCGACAGGUCCAGUUUGAUGAGAGGGGUGACGGCAUGGGCAGGUACGAUAUCUACAACUUCCAGCGGGUCAACAGCGGCUGGAAAUACGUGCCAGUCGGCCAUUGGCUGGAGAGUCUCUACCUGGACGAGACCAAGAUCCAGGUUAACUCCCGCCUUGGCAGCUUACCUGAGUCGAGGUGCAGCGCCCCCUGUCGGCCGAACGAGGCAAAGAUCGUCCAGCAAGGGGACAACUGCUGCUGGAUCUGCAAGCCUUGUCAGCCCAGACAGUACCUCAUAGACGAACAUACCUGCGAGGACUGCGGCUUUGCUCGCUGGCCGACCUUUGACCUCAAGAGCUGCUAUGACCUUCCAGAGAAAUAUCUGCAGCCCAACGAAGUCUGGGCUCUCGUUCCCAUGAUCAUUGCGUUGCUAGGCAUCAUGAUGACCGGGGCGGUGAUAGCGGUGUUUAUGAAGUAUAACGACACCCCCAUAGUCAAAGCAUCUAGUCGUGAACUCAGCUACAUGCUGCUGGGGGGACUCGUCAUGUGUUUCGUCAUGACCUUCGUCAUCAUCGCCAAACCUUCCAUCGGCACAUGCGCACUGGUGCGUCUUGGCCUGGGGUUGUCCUUCACUGUCUGUUACACGGCGCUCCUGACCAAAACCAACAGAAUAUACCGGAUCUUCACCCGUCAGACAUCCACCAACGUGCAGAAAGUCAACUACAUCAGCCCCAUCUCUCAACUCCUCAUCUGUACCGCUCUCAUAUCCGUACAGGCGGUCGGUGUUGUGGUCUGGCUGGCGGUAGAACCGCCCGACACCCAGCUGGUGUACCCAUUCGGCAGGCAGGACCAGGUCAUCCUCAAGUGCAAGAUCAAGGACAAGUCCCUGAUGAUGUCACUGGUCUACGUCAUGCUUCUCAUUAUCGUCUGUACUAUAUACGCCUUCAAGACGAGGAAGGUUCCGGACAACUUUAACGAGACCAAGUACAUCGGCUUUACGAUGUACACGACUUGUAUAGUGUGGCUGGCCUUCGUGCCCAUUUACUUCGGAACACAAACAGAUCACAGGAUCCAAACGACCACGAUGUGCAUAGCCGUGAGUAUCAGCGCCUUCGUGGCUCUUGGCUGUCUCUUCGCACCGAAAGUCUACAUCAUCCUCUUCCAGCCAGAGAAAAACGUCCGGUCUAUGAACAGACAGAAACCCAGCUUCAAGACAGCAGUCAUGUUUGCCAAAGAGAGGCAUAUGGCAGGGGCCCUGAACGGACCGGGACAGGAGAAGCCUCCGUUGAGUGCCAUCAUCCAAUCGAAAAACAGUGACAACCCUGCGUCCGACAACGGACUCUUAAAGUCGAGCAACACGGGAACACCACGUGAUGUUCACGUGACAUGGAAAGACCUGGAUACUGGCAAAGAACAGAAAAAGGACCCAAUUCCGCCAAAGCCCUACGUACCACCCAUACUUCCUAGAGAACCCUUAGAAAAUAUGAAGAUUCCAGACAGAUUUAAGGAAGUAGAGAAAUUCAGGGAGGACGAAAAGAAGCCAGAGGCUGACAAAGUUAAAGAGCCCGAAACCACAUCUUUGAAUAUAGAAAGACGGUCACCGGUUGGAUGCAAUAGUGUUAAACAAAGUAACUCAACAGGGCUCGACCCGGAGGUAGAAAAAAUAUUUGCAAGUAAUCUCAAAAGGGAAGUGAAAGACUUUCCAAUGGAAAUGUGACGUAGGGGCAUGUAGAAAAUGUACAUAUAGAUGGAUGUAAUAAUGGAAAAAUAUCGUGACUACAAUUCAGUACGUUUGUCAUCUUUGUGACAAAAUGCAAGGAUAUUUCAAGCUGCCUUUCAUUCACUCUAUACAGUUUAUCGCCUGUAGGUAGCGCUAAGGAAGUUCAUUUUUGGACGAUGUGUAUAACUACACCCCAAUGUGGAUGUGUCCAAUGGAGUAUGGUUGCAAUUAGGCGGUAAGAUAUAAGACGUAUUUUACAGAGUGUUGAAAUUCACAGCGGAAUAGUGAUGCAUUCUUCUGUGAGCGAGGUGUAAGAACUAUAGCAGAAUAAAGCCAUGUAAGUGGGGAGAUGUGAGCCUUGGGUUUACAUACACCAAAAGUACACACAUCAUAGUGAACAAAUAUGUCGGUAUGUUUGGUGCCAGUUAGCUAAGCCGGCGUUCGAAUGUGGAGAAACUCGACAUCUGAACCAAAGUUCGUGUAUAUUAGCUGAAAUACUCAAUCAAAAUUUGGGCCUUUUAGUCACGAGAAACUUCUAUAACAGGUGCAGAUAUCCCAGUAGUCAAGAACUGUGUCUGGGCACUGCAACUGCAUAUACAUUAUAUAGACUAUUUUAUUUUCUGCAAUAUUCCCCGUGUAGGACACAGAAAAAAAAUCCUGAAAAUAAACGUCAUAACUAAAGAUAGGUUUGGCAUUACGUCUAACAAUUUUCUGUCAAUGUAAUUCAACACACAGUAAAAAAAAAAUCCAGAAACAUCACUUUCUAGUUGACAGAUUAUGACAUUAAAGUUGGCUAAAGUCAGCUAACUAAUUACGUAACGUUACCAAAGCAGGAGAAAGAAGCCAAUGGUUAACAUUUGUUACGAAUAUAGCUAGUCGCUAAGGUAACGUAGUGGUGUUGAAGUGGUGUUGAGUUCCAGGCAUUGUGUCCGAUUACUCACAAUAUGCCCAAUAUGUCUACAAGUGCACUGUUUGGGAUACAAACAUUUUAUAUGAUGCAAUUGUUUCUUCUCUGUGAUGUGAAGAAUAAAUACAUGUGUUCAAAUAA